AUGAAGCAUCUUGUUCAAAACAAGUUGAUGCAGAUGCAACAGAGUUUGAGCCAGAUUACAAGUACCCGUUCCUCAAAAAGGCAACCCACAUGUUGGGUGCUAUUCCCGCUCCACCUGCGUUUGCUUCUGAGUUCCCUACAAAGGCUGCAGCUUUUCAGUUAAACGCAGGACAAUCAUCAGGUUCAGUUCAUGUAACCGCAGGUAUGAUCACAAUAUCAGAGAGCAACAUGGGCUGGUCAUACGACAAAAACGCGAACCGUGACUUAAUCCUUUCUUACCGUUUGGUCCAAGAGAAUGCGUCCGGGAAAUUAGGAAAUAGUUUAACAAGGGCAAUGUUAAUCUUCAUGUGUUUCUGGGUCCUCAUACUCUCAGUUAGUUUCAAAGUAAGCACUUUGGUCACUUCCCAGUGAUAAGUUCGACACUUUUUAAAACAAGACCUAUGUGUUUGUACCCAUUAUUGAUAUAGAUUUACUUGCAGUCUUCUGCUAUUCUGUUUUGUUGUGUAACUAUAUUGAAUAAUCUCAUUUUUGUA